AUGGGUGACGCAACCCUCAAACACAGUACCGAAGUACACAGGGACUUUGUAUCCCAAGUCCCUGAGUAUCAUCGCGCACGCUCCCUCAGUAUCCAGCAGCCUGAUAGUCAACAACCUGAUACCUUGGCCAUCGGGACCAGCUUGAGUGAAUUCUGGGCAGGUAUCGCGAUUGAAGUUGAAUCAGAGUCUGCUUUGAAGAUUGGUAUUGCCAUUCACGAUGGCACAUAUAGCGUCGACUUUGCCGUGCACCGUCUCUGUGCCCAAGAAGAUGCGCGCAAGGACGAAAACUCCGAAUGGGUGGCCGAUCACAUCAUCACGCAGCUGGAGGCUUACCGGAAGGAACAUGUCUGCAAAAUCCUCGGUGCAGGCGUCACGAAGGCCCUCCACCGCAAGAGUCCAAACCUUUGUUCUCAGUUGUGGUCGCAAUUGGAUAUUGUGCCCAUUGUGGUCGGGUCCAACACUCUAGCGCCAACAAGCAAGGUCCGUGAGCGACGGAAACAACUUCUCGUUGAUGAAAUCGCAGAUUCUGCUGCUCGAAAGUGUCUCGCAUUCUAUGGGCCAACCAAACUGCCGCGGCUGUCGAUCAGCUACCAGAAUCAAGUCGAAGUUGAUAUGGCAGGCAUGAUUCACCUGGCCACUAUCGAUGACUAUAAGCGAUCCGUGCGCGAACCAACGUGGAGGGCGGUCCAGAAGUACAUCAAGGAUGUGGUCGAUCGGAAGCUUAGAAUUUGUUUCUUCAGUGCCACUCCCCAAGGCGGCGGUGUAGCCUUGAUGCGACAUGCGUUGAUUCGGUUCUUGCGACUCCACGACGUUGAUCUGGAAUGGUUCGUUCCCAAGCCUAGGCCAGACGUUUUCCGUAUCACCAAGAACAACCACAAUAUUCUUCAAGGCGCUGUAGGGCCUGAAGUCCGCACCACUGAUGAGCAGCUCGGAAAGAUCAAAGAGUGGAUUUACGACAACGCCGAACGAUACUGGAUGGGAGAAUCCGGCCCAUUGAGGGCUCCGGAGGAUGGAGGUGCAGAUGUGAUCAUCAUCGACGAUCCACAGAUGCCUGAACUGAUCCCCAUCGCCAAAAAAUUCGCACCCAACCGCCCUGUCAUCUUUCGAUGCCACAUCGAGGUCCGAGACGACCUUGUCCAGGAGGAAGGCAGCUCCGCGGAGCACGUGUGGAAAUUCCUAUGGAAUUCCAUCAAACAUGCCGACAUCUUCCUCAGUCAUCCUGUGCGGUCUUUCGUGCCAAUGGAUGUCCAAAAAGAGGCACUUGGAUGGCUCCCUGCCACCACAGAUUGGCUUGACGGAUUAAAUAAGACCAUGGCCGACUGGGAUGUGCAGUAUUAUCUGCACGUCCUCAGACAGACAUGUCAAGCGCAGGGCCUGCCGCAACUUGCCUACCCUGACCGAGGGUACUUCACGCAGAUCGCCCGGUUCGACCCUGCCAAGGGGAUUCCCGACGUGAUCAAAAGCUAUGCGAGAUUCCGAGAACUCAUGAAAGACGAGCCACUGCGGAAUGUCCAGCAGCUGGUCAUCUGCGGCCACGGCUCCGUGGACGAUCCGGACGGAACCCUGAUCUAUGACCAGACCAUGGACAUGAUCCACAACUCAUACCCAGACCUGGUCGGUGAUAUUGUGGUGGUCCGCCUUGGUCCCAGUGACCAAAUCCUGAAUGCCAUCAUGUCACUGUGUACCGUCGCCCUGCAACUGUCUACCCGUGAAGGCUUCGAGGUCAAGGUGUCCGAAGCAGUACACAAGGGUAAACCUAUCAUCGCAACUCGCGCAGGUGGCAUCCCGCUCCAGGUGGUGGACAAGAAGAGCGGCUACCUGGUGGAACGCGGCGAUCACGAAGCCGUCGCGAAACAUCUUUACGACCUGGUCACCGACAAUGACCUGUAUGAAGAGAUGAGCGAGUAUGCCAGCGCACAUGUCAGUGAUGAGGUCCACACCGUCGGAAACGCCCUUAGCUGGCUGUAUCUGGCGUCGUCCGUGGCUGGAGGAAAAUCUCUCAAGCCGAACGAGAGAUGGAUCAACGAUCUGGCUCGGGAAACAGCCGGCGAGCCGUACGACGACGACGAGCCACGUCUACCCCGACACCUUUCGACUUGA